AUGAUUGAAUCUGAUUCAAAUGAACAACUUGAUGCAGCUGUCAAUGCAUUACAGAUAGCAAUAGAGAAUUCUAAGCAGCAGAGAUCAAAAGAAGUUAAACUUUGGCAAAAACGAACACUUGAACUUCAAAAUCAAGUAACUUCAUUACAAUCACAGCUAUCUGAAGCUGUAAACAUUAACACACAAUUACAAUCUGAUAUGAAUGAAAUCUCAAAUGAAUGCGAGAAAUUACGAAAGAUUAAUAACCAAUUAGCAAAGCAGCUUAAAGAAAAAGAGCAAGAAAUUGCAAAAUAUAACCAAUUAAAUCAAUCUCUAAGGACAAUACUAGAUGGUGGCGCAGGUGUUGCGACAAAUCCAGUAUCAAUCACACAAUUACCAACAAAUAAAUCGACAAUUCAACCUUUAUAUGAAGAUUUAAGUCCACCUCCCCAAAAUCCAAAGAUAAGUCCUAUUUCUCCGAAAUUACAUAAAUCAACCACUCCAAAAAGGGCUUCUACUAGUAAAUCUGGGCAACUUUUGCAAAAAGCUAAAGAACAGUUAACAUAUUCUGACUUUAAUUUACUGAUACAAGAAAUUCAACGUCAUAACAAUUCAAAUUGCAGCAAUGCAGAGACUCUUAAGAAUAUCAAACAGAUUUUAGGUCCUCAAAAUGAAAAUCUUUAUAAAGAAUUCGCAUCCAUUAUGUCCGAAUAA